GCACUCUCACUCCCGCGGUGCCUGCCGGGAGAGGCGCGGGCUGCCUGCCGUCCCUCUGCGUGACCUUCAGUGUGCGAGCUGCGAGCUGUGAGCUGUGAGGGCCCCGCGUGGGAGCGUCUGGAGAGAUGAACUGGGUCGGGGGCUCUCGGAGCAGAGUUCUGAUAAAGCAAGAAAGAAGAAAGCAGAAGGAAUACUUUGAAAGGAAUAAGUUGAAAUCAAAACUGAAAUUACUGGGUGUUGUUUCACCUGUCAAGAAGCCCUCUGUCAGUUUAGAUCUCCUUAACCUGUAUGUGGUAAAUCAGAUCUCGUCCAUGAAGGAAAAUUCUGAAACCAUGAAAAGACCAACUCAUGUGAAUAUGACCAGAGAUUUGAAAGUCCCUCUAAGGAAGCAUGAUUUAGAACUUCCAAUGUCACCUCACUGUGUGCCUUCUAAACUGUGCAUUGAUGAUAUGGAGGACAGUGUACCCUAUCAAAGAAUCUAUAGCAAGGAAGAAACUGGCCCAGUUCAAUCAUCACAAGACAUGAAGUCAUACAGAAUGUUCAACGAAACAGGAAACUGCAGUUAUAUUCCACCAUCUUUUCCAGAAGAAUUACGCUCUAACAGACAUAUUCGGAGCCAACAUUCCACCCCAAGAAUAGGUCCAAGUCCUCAGCAGUUUGUAUAUGAAAAUCCCCACAGUGGGCAGUUCAGUAAUGGAAAAUUUCCUGAGUCCUUAUUUUCCAAAUUAAAUAAACACCAACAUGUUUUUAGUUCAUCUCAGACAACGGCAGAGUUUGAAGCGCCAUACAAGCGAACAAACAGGUAUGUAGAAUUAGAAGAAAAGAAGCAGAGUGCUGACCUCCAAGCCACUAGCUUGAUUUUAAAGGGGCACAGAUAUUUUUAUUCAGAAACUGGUGAUUUCCUUACUAAAAGAUCCAUGAUUAUGGGUGAAGAUUGCAGAAGCCUGUAUGAAAGAAGACAGCCAGAUUUUGCUAUGGAAAAACCAUUAGUGCAACAGAUUUAUGCAAAUAAUGGAGAAGAAUUCUCUAAUUUUCUUGAAGAUGUGAUCCACCCAACUCAGAGACAUCUUCCAGACAAUCAUAACUCUUUUGUUAGUCACAGCAUGAUCGAUUUAUUAAGCAAAGAUCAGCCUGGGAGAAGGGCAACCUUUACUAAGUGCGGUUAUGACAGCCUGAGUGACACCCAUGUUGUGUCUUCUGAUGAAAGCCAUUCCAGUAGUGGGCUCAUUAAUGGGGAGUUUACAGUUCCACAGGCAACGUCUCCUAAUUUUCCUUUUAAUACAAGUUACACAGAAACAUGUCAGCCAAACAGGCCCUGCCAGGAGUACAAUAGCAAUGAAAUAAAUGAAUUUAGAAGGUCUUUUGAGAAAGAUUGUUACUCCAUCGGCUGUGGGAGAAAAGGAAAAAUUGAAAGUGAUAAGCAGUUGAAAGAACUGCAGAGAAAUGCCCGGAAGCACCCAGUGUACACUAUGGCUGAUAUUCCUUUGGAAGAAUUACACUGCAAACAGUCAUGUGAUUUUGACCAGAAUGAGAUCCCAAUGGAAAGAAGAGGAAUGUGUCCUUUAAAAGGGCAGCCUAUGUCUACUGAGAAAAUCUACCUGGAGUCUUCGCAGAGCAGCCAGUCUGCCAGCUACUCUCCUCGGCCGACCGAGAGCACGUUCAGCUCCAGUACUGACUUGAUAUCUGAAGAUGAAGAUCAGAUACAGCAGCAAACUGAAGAUUCAAACAAGAAAGCCACAGAGACAACUGGUAAUUGUUGUCUGGAAAAGAUGGAAAAUCAUUUCGAUGACAUAACUGUGAAAGACGAUGCCACAGCUCAUAAGCAGAAUCAUAAAUGUCUCCAGUCCUCUGAGAAAAAUAAUGCUGAUGCAUUUCCAGAGUCUCAGUGCAAUUCAGAGCACACAGUGCAAAACAAAAGCACUGAUAACUGUGUGCUUCAGGCUGGGAGAUGUGACGUAGGGGUACAGACAGAGGAAGCGCCCCUUGUGGGGAACACAGCAGAUGUUGCUGUACAGUGCACCAUCAUUACACGGUGCUCAUGUAUGAGUAGUCCAGUGUUGAUAAGAGAAAAGGAGUCCUCCCAUCCUGAGGCUGGCAGCUGCACUGAAGAUAGGACGGCAGAUACCACUGGAGGGCAGGAAACACCUACAAGUAACUCACUCUAACAUUUCCAACUAGGAAGCAGUGUUUCAUUUACCCUUGGAAGGCAGUAGAAAGUGUUCAGUCCUUCCUUAACAUAAUACGUAAUGAGAAAAUGAGGCUGAACAUAAAGGGGGUUUUAAGAACUAUUGUUUCUAGACAGUUUUAAUAUUCAUGUAUUUAAUAGUUCUCUAAUAGCCUUGUCUAUUCCUGCACAAAACAUCAGGAAGCAAGUUGGGGAGGAAAGGGUUUAUUCAGCUUACACUUCCACAUUGCUGUUUAUCAUCAAAGGAAGUCAGGAUGGAACUCACACAGGACAGGAACCUGGAGGCAGGAGCCAAUGCCGAGGCCAUGGAGGGAUGUUCCUUACUGGCUUGCUUCCCCUGGCUUGCUCAGCUUGCUUUCUUAUAGAACCAAGACUACCAUGGGCCCUACUGCCUUGAUCACUAAUUGAGAAAAUGCCUUACAGCUGGAUCUCAUGGAGGCAUUUCCUCAAGAAGGCUCCUUUCUCUGUGAUAACUCCAGCUUGUGUCAAGUUGGCACACAAAACCAGCCAGUACAAGUCUUAUUCAUAGAAAAUCUGUACACACACACACACACACACAUAUAUAUACAUAUGCACACAUAAAUAUGCACUCAUGUGUAUGCACACAUACAUACAUAUAUGUAACUUGCCAUUCUUGAUAUAUAUGUUGUCAUUCUCAUGUUUAUUUGUCUUUAUUUGAAUUAAAAUAUUCACAAUUACUUUAUUUCUCUUGAUAAUUAUUUUAAACCUUGAUGUAGUUAUAUCAUCUAACAAAUGUGAGCUUUAGACCUUCACUCUCUCUCUUUUCUCCCAAAUCCUUUCUGAUCCAGAGCUCUGUGCAGUCUACCUGCUGCACCCUCCCUUCCUCUCUGACCCCCCCAUCUUCAGAUGGCCUAUAGCCUUUCUCACCAAACCAUCCUUUUGUCUCAGCCUCUACCUGUCUCAGGCACUCCCUGGGAAACUGUGGGCAACACAGGCCAGAAGAGCAAACAGGCCAGGGGAGCAAGUAGUGAUCUUCGUAUCUUCAUCUUCCCUCCUUUUCUCCAAAUCUAACUCCCCAGACUCAUAUCUAUCUCUGUAGCAACUUAUCAGCUGUGGGUGCUCCUCUCUCUUGUCCCCCAUUUCCAGGAGACUAAGCAGAGCAUAGUGGCAUAGCCUGAUUUCCUUACUCCUAAGGGCCUCUGCCCUUCCCCCC